GAUAAGAGUUGGUUAUAAAUGAUUCUGCUUCAGAUGGUUUGAGUUUGUGUGUGAGGACAGAGGUGUGUGGAGGCAUCAUGAGGUGUGUGAUACUUGGUCUGCUCUGUCUGGCUCUCACUGAGGGACUCGUCAGAGUUCCUCUGGUGAAAAAGAAGACCAUAAUAGAGGAGAGGGGGCUCCUCAAGGAAAUCCUGAAACACUCACAGUAUAGUUCAGAGCAAGGUUACACGGAGGACCUCACCAACCAGGACGAUAUGGGCUAUUACGGGAAGAUCGGUAUAGGAACACCUCCGCAAUACUUUUAUGUCCAUUUUGACACUGGCUCCAGCACUCUUUGGGUCAACUCCAUCUACUGCAAGAGCAGUGCCUGCACCUAUCAUCCUCUCUUCGACCCAAGCAAGUCCUCCACAUACCACAGCAAUAACCAACCAUUUUCAAUCAAGUAUGGAACGGGCAGCGUUGCUGGUAUCAUUGGCUAUGACACCGUCACAAUGGGUGAACUGAAUGUCACAAACCAGAAGAUUGGACUAAGCACAUCAGAGCCAGGUAAUCACUUUGCAAGGCCUCUGCAUGAUGGACUCAUGGGCCUAGCCUUCAAACCCGACCAGGGAACCAUUGUGGACACCAUGAUCCAAGAAGGUGUUAUUGAGGAGCCAGUCUUUGCUUUCUACCUGAGCAGUGACUCUGAGAAUGGCAGUGAGGUUGUGUUCGGUGGAACUGAUCCCUCUCAAUACCAGGGCCAAAUCAACUGGGUUCCUGUACAGCAGGACAGCCACUGGCAACUAGUCUUUGAUGGAUUUGAGGUGAAUCAUCAGGCCACAGGCUGGUGUGAGUCUGGCUGUACUGCCAUAACAGACACAGGCACGUCUCUUCUGUUGUGCCCUCCGCAGUAUGUGGACACUCUCCAUCAAAUGCUGGGAGCCCAACAGGACCAGAAUGGCGAUUACGUGUUUGACUGCAGUGAAGUGAGCAGCCUUCCCCCACUUACAUUCGUCAUGAACGGAGCUCACCUACACCUGCCGGGUUCUGCAUAUGUGCUUCAGGAUGAAGAUUCCAGUGGUUACUGCAGGAGUGGCAUUAGCCAAUCCCAUGAAGAGUACAGAAAUGGUCUUCCCUACUGGAUCCUUGGUGAUGUGUUCCUCAGACAGUUCUACUCUGUGUUUGACCAAGGCAAUGCUAGAGUGGGAUUCGCUACCCUGGCAUAAUGUUACACAUUUAACUACAAGGUUGUACUUGCAAGUCCAUUAAUGGCAACAAAGCAAAAUGAAGUAUAUUGUCUUAUAACUGCUGGUUUAAAAUUCUUGGCCCUUACACUGUAUUUUGUCAGAGUGGCUUUUAGUCAGAAAUAAAUAAAAUAAUACAAUGAUA